UAUUCAUUACGCUUCAUAUUUUUACAAAUAUAGCCACCAUGGCCAAGUUUGUCUUCCUUUCUCUUUGCAUUUUCGCAAUUUUCAUCUCUUCUUCUUCACGAGGAACGGCCAUUUCCUCAUGCAACGGCCCGUGUAAAUCCUUGAACAAUUGUGACGGCCAAUUAAUUUGCAUAAGUGGAAAAUGUAACGAUGACCCUGACGUUGGAACCAAUACUUGCAAAGGCGGCGGAAGCUCUCCUACAACCUCAACGCCUGCCCAACUUACCCUCAACGAUUUCAGUAAAGGCGGAGAUGGUGGCGGUCCAUCAGAAUGUGAUGGUCAAUAUCACGAUAAUAGUGAAAGAGUAGUGGCGUUGUCCACUAGAUGGUAUGCCAAAGGUUCAAAAUGUGGAAAAAUGAUACUUAUUAGGGCAAAUAAUGGGAAGAGUGUAACGGCUAAAGUGGUUGAUGAAUGUGACUCCAUUAAUGAUGGUUGUGCAAAUAAUGUAGUUGAUGGUUCUAUUGCUGUGUGGAGAGCUUUGGGUUUAGAUACUGAUAAGGGAAGAGUUCCGAUUACUUGGUCCAUGGCCUAGGAUAUUAUUAUUAGGUGGUUUGUUUGGUGUGUGUCUGGUUUUUAAUUGUAGAAUUUGAAUAAGGCUGUCAUCUUAUAUAUAAUAAGAUGGACAAGAGUAACUGAAUAAUUUGAAUAAAAUGUUCCUAAUUAAUUAUGUUUA